AUGUUGCUGCUGUUCUUUAUAACAUGGAUGGGUUUCCUGCUACACGUUCCUUUGCUUGUGCAUUGUUCCAAGAAGAUGAGGAAGAGAGAGAAGAAAUUAAGAAAGAAGCAGAAGAAACAAGAAAAGAAGGCAAGGAAAAGAAUGAUGGCUCAGAACAACAUGGGAAUGCAAGGAGGCGAAUAUCCCCCACCGGCUGGAGUGGCUCCCGGAGCGUCUGUUGGAUGGCAGCAGAUUGAUAGUGGAGGUGGUGGUGGUUUUGUGGAGAAUAAGCCUAUGAAACCUGUCAAACAGCAACAACAACACGGACCAUGCGCGUUAUGUUGUCUUGGAUGUCUACAUGCCUGUGCAAGCCUGAGUUUUUCAUCAUUAAGCAUCAGCAGUAGUUCAUCUUCGAGUAGUUAGGGAAAUGCUCGGUGGUUGAGGCUAAUUGUUGAUAGAUGUGUAAUGAAUAUAUAUGUGAUUAUUGUUUGAUUAUGUUUGCUAUAUGUUGUGUUUAUUUUUGCUUGUUUGUAUGUAAAAAUGUUCUUGUAAAAUUCUUGUAAAAAUUUUUUUUUGGAUU